UCGGACCGCCGAUUGGGAGAUGCGCUAGCGGUUCUGUUUCCCGUGGACGUGGUUCUUGUAGAGACGUCGAUUUCGCUUCACUCCGAGUGCGCAUCUGACAUGGUGGUAUCCAAUUCUAAGGGGAGGGUGAAGAGGCCGUUUGGGAGGAGGCGCGAAAAGGGUUCGAGCGUGACCGGAAAGAAGAAGAAGAACAGUUCUGGAAAGCGCGUUCGGGAGGCGGAGCCGUACACCUACGAGCCCGAAGACUGUUUUGAAGAUGAGUUAGUUGAGAGCGGAUGUAGCGAGGAGGACGACAAAUUGCCCGAAUGGGGGUCGAACAAGGAAGAGUAUUACAAGGACAAGGAGGAGAGUGAUGACGAAUUAAGCAGCAGCGAGGACGACAUAGCAGAGGAAGAGGAAGUCAAGCGACUGUCGAAGCAACGGGCGCUGGCAAAUUUGGAAGAGGAUUACCUGGAUUCUCUGUCCGACGCAGUUUCCGACAAGGACGACUCGGCGUCGUCAGACGGACGCCAAUCCGUCGAAAGAGACACCGGCGAACUUGCCAAAGAGCGUCACCGUUCUCUGGAAAGUUUGUCCGAAGCUGAGAAGUUGGCAAUUUUGAAGCGCGAUUCGCCAGAAUUGCUGGUGUUGUUGAAGAGUCUCAGAGGGAAAAUCGGGGAGAUACAGACCAGACUGGCGCCCGCGAUUCAGCGGGUCAAAGAUCAAGAGUUGAAGACCACGAAGGGCUUGUCUUACUUGGAGACCAAAUAUCAUAUUUUACUGAAUUAUUGCACAAAUAUUUUGUUUUAUCUGUUGCUCAAGAGCGAAGGGUGCGAAGUUCGAAACCACCCGGUCAUCGAGCAGCUGGCUCGGACCAGAAUCAUCAUGGACAAACUGAGGCCCUUGGACGAAAAGCUCAAGUAUCAAAUUGAUAAAUUGCUGAAAAUGGGUGCAUUAGGAGGAGGCACCAAUUUGCCCAACGCAUCCAAGUUGAAACAUCGCGCAGACCUGAAGGCGUUUAUGCCGCUGGGCGCCGACGACAAAGCGUCGUCAAAAUACGUCCCUCCGAAGCUUGCAUCGAAGCUCAGUCGACAGGACUUCUCUCGCCUCGAGGAGAGCGAAAAGGCGUCGCGUCGAGUCUCAGCAGCCCUUCAGUUUGUAGAGGAGUUUGGAGACCGCCCCGUCGAGAGAAAGCUAGAUUCCGAUGUGCACCAAAUCUCCAAAGAGGAACAAGAACGCAUCCAGUUCGAAGAAGACCAUUUCGUUCGACUGCCCGUUUCCUCAAAAGACACCAGAAAAGUGUCGGUUCACCGCGACGAUUUAGACGAUUUGAAUUAUUUAGGCGAAUAUCUGGUUGAUCGCAGAUCUCAAUUAUCGCAGCCUUACGCCGACCUAGAAAGCCGUCUUUUGUCCAGCGAAGCGGCGUCUGAGGACGAGCUGUCCGAGGACACCCCUUCGCCCGAGUCCCGGUCGACGCCCGUCUGCAACCCGGACGUCGACAUCGACUACAAAAGUCUGAAGGAGAGCAACGAGCAAAAGCGCAAGAAGCUCCGCGAAGAGGAGAUCAUCGCACCUUCUGAGGUCGAGGAGGAAGAACAAGAAGAACACUCAGAAGAAGACUCCGACCCGUCAGAAGAAGAAUCUGACCCGUCAGAAGAAGCCACUCCCCAACCGACAACCAACCUAGAACGCAGAAAGAGAAAAAUCACAAGACAAAUAGAAAACAGAGAGGGCAUGCUGGUAAGAAGACGAACGCCCAUUCCAAGAAUAAAACGAAAGCUCAAAUAUAAAAGAGCACUGGCCAGAAGAAAAGGCGCAAUCGCACCAAUGCGCGAUACCAGCAGGCCCUACCGCGGAGAGUCCCUCGGCAUCAACAAAGUCACCAUAAAAAGCUCCAGAGUCGAUUAAACGUGCUCGUAAAACGCCAAAAAUUCAAUUUU